AUGUUGAAAACAUCUAUUUUGCGCACUAUCUGUAGUGCUCGCCCGCUCCCGACGGCGUGCGCGCAACCAGUAGCCCGCGCUUCUCAUUUGCCAGGAACCCAGCUGUCGCGCACAACUCAAAUAAUCUCUCCUCGAACAUAUUCACAGUGGAAAUUCAAUACAUUACCCAGAAAAAACCCCCGAAGCCUCCAAAAAUCACCAACAUGCCGACUUCCCCAAAUCCCACGCAGAGCAUUCUCCUCGGGCCCGCGAUUCAGCUACCCACGCAACACCUAUAAUCGCUUCGGAGGAGGAGGACGGCGCGAACCACUGAUAUACAAUGUGGUUCGAUACUUGAAACCACAACACUACGUUCUAAUUGGACUGGGAUUAUCAGGCGUCUACCUAUACAACACUGAUGUAGUGGAGAUAACAGGUCGUCGCCGCUUCAACAUGGUAUCUGCGAAAAUGGAGCUGGAAAUGGGCGAACAGACCUACCGCCAGGUUCUCAACGAAGAGCGCGGCAAGAUACUUCCGGAUAAUCAUCCUGUGACACAAAUGGUGGAUCGAGUCCUGCAGCGAUUAAUUCCCCUUGCACCCAUUGAGGGCGCUGAUUGGAAGGUGCACGUUAUUGCGGACCCUAACAUGAAGAAUGCAUUUGUACUUCCGGGAGGGAAAGUAUUCGUUGCUACUGGCAUCUUACCCAUUUGUCAAGAUGAUGAUGGCCUUGCGGCUGUUCUAGGCCACGAAAUUGCGCAUGUUGUGGCGCAUCACCCGGCCGAGCGUGCAAGUAACAGCUUCAUCACUACGGGUGUUGCUCUAUUCAUUGCGCUUUUACUGGACUUCUCCGGUCAGGCGAGCUCGCUUGUUAUGAAUUACAUGUAUAGUCUGCCAAACUCAAGGACACAGGAGGCUGAAGCAGAUCAUAUUGGAUUGUUGAUGAUGUCUAAGGCUUGCUUCAAUCCUGAAGCUGCUGUCAGGCUGUGGCAGCGGAUGCAGAAAGUAGAGAAGGAGGCACCACCGGAAUUUUUGUCCACUCACCCUUCAAGCUAUAAUCGCGAAGAAGCCAUUCGUGGAUGGCUCGAAAAAGCGGAGCAUAUUUAUGCUGAGAAUGGCUGCAGCUCCCUUGGAAGCUAUAUGCCCCAGUUUCAAAAUGCACUGCGUUCGCAAACCAGUUCAUUUGGCUGGUAA